GAGCGCAGUCAGCUGUCAGGCGUUCCUACUCAGCAGAGGAAUCUGAGCUCAAAGUAGUCCCAGCAAGAAGUUCUUUGGCUCAGUCGAAACAUCGUUCCAAAUUACAGAUGUCGUCAUGGAACAACCCAAAUCCAGUCACUGUCCUGGAAACCACCAAUCCAUAUGGCAACUAUACGGUGGUUGAUACUGCACCAAAGGAAAUUCUCCAUAUGGUGCAUGAGCAUUGGUAUCAGUUCCCUCCCAUGAACCCUCUCUGGUACGGCCUCGUUGGUUUCUGGAUGGUUGUUAUGGGAUGUCUAUCCUUAGCUGGAAACUUCGUCGUCGUCUGGGUCUUCAUGAAUACUAAAUCUCUUCGAUCGCCUGCUAAUCUACUGGUGGUCAAUCUGGCCUUUUCCGAUUUCUUGAUGAUGCUCACCAUGUUCCCUCCUAUGGUGGUGUCGUGUUACUGGCAGACAUGGACUCUUGGGGCGCUAUUCUGUGAGAUCUAUGCAUUCUUCGGUUCUCUUUUCGGUUGCGCUUCUAUUUGGACCAUGGUAUUCAUCACUGCUGAUCGAUACAAUGUCAUUGUGAAAGGAGUAUCUGCUGAACCACUGACGUCUGGAGGUGCCAUGCUAAGGAUAGUUGGUACAUGGUUCUUUUCUUUUGCUUGGUGUCUUCCACCAUUCUUUGGCUGGAAUCGUUAUGUUCCUGAGGGCAACAUGACUGCAUGUGGGACAGACUAUCUGACUGAGUCGGAGUUUUCUAAGAGUUACCUGUAUGUAUACUCAGUUUGGGUGUACAUCUUCCCUCUGUUCUACAUCAUCUAUAGCUAUACUUUCAUUGUCAAGGCUGUGGCUGCUCACGAGAAGGGAAUGCGAGAACAGGCCAAGAAGAUGGGAGUCAAGUCCUUGAGGAGUGAAGAAGCCCAAAAGACCUCUGCUGAAUGUCGUCUGUGUAAGGUUGCUCUCAUGACUGUUACCCUAUGGUUCAUGGCCUGGACCCCCUACUUCGUCAUCAACUGGGGAGGAAUGUUCAACAAGCCCAUGGUUACUCCUCUAUUCUCCAUCUGGGGUUCCGUCUUCGCCAAAGCCAACGCUGUCUACAACCCUAUCGUGUACGCUAUCAGCCAUCCUAAGUAUCGAGCUGCCCUCGAGAAGAAGCUACCUUGCCUUGCCUGCAACACUGAGGGCAGAGACAGUGGAGGCUCUGAUGCUGGUUCCACUGUUACUACUGAAAAUACUGAGAAGGCUGAAUCCACAUAACUGCAGAUGAAUUGCAAGAACGAUAGUUUGGAAAUGACGAUAACAAUUUUAUGUAACCCUUUAUUUGCCAAAAUAAUUGCAAAUAUAUCCCAGCAUUGA